GCUGAAAUACGUAGGAGUCUGGAUAGAUCCAACCCUCUCCUUCCGGCCCCAUAUCGAAGCAGCAAUCGCAAAAGGCCUAAAAGCCCUCCACCAAAUCCGAAACACCGCCCGCCUGCCAGGGAUAACAGUCAAGACAGUUCAUCACCUAAUAACACAGGGCUUCCUUCCAAGCCUGCUCUACGGAUCUGAGGCUUGGUGGACUGGCGCAGACCACAUCAUUAGAUCGCUAGAACCACUAUACAACGAAGCUGCCCGGAUCAUCACGGGCCUACCUCGAUGGACCAAGAGAGCUAAACUCCUCCGAGAAGCAGGACUACCCCCCCUAGAACACCUCCUAACAUAUCGCUCAAGAAAGUACGGAACCAGAAUACUCUGCACCGAGGCAACCCACCCUAACAAUGAAUCCCUAAUCGAGCUCCUCCCAUACAGAGAAGCAAAUGUCAAAGGGACAGGCCUGCACCGAAUCGCCUCCCUCUUACUCCCAUUCCAAACCCCCGGAAAUGCGAGAGACAAGUGGAAUCAAAACAAACUACUACGCGACCACCUGUUGGAAGAAUGGAAUACACAACCAAUACCGGACUACCAUCAUCGGGGGGAUUUCCGCCCCCCUUCCAAGAUUGCGAAACUCACCCUAACGGAAGCGAAAAAAGUUUUUCGAAUCCGGUGCCAAACUACCCGAAUCGAUAAACACGCGGUAUAUACAGACCCCGAACCAUGCCAGUGUGGUAUGGAAAACUCAGCGAAACACACACUUAUGGAAUGCCCAGCGUGGGCUCGAAUCCGCGCCCCUCUGAUAGAAAAGAUCCCCGGAGCGAUGACCUGGGAAAACUGGAUGUUUACAAACUUGAAAACGGACCUUAUCUUACAAUUUGCAAAAAACUCUCAACUCUCGAAGUGGUACGAGUCGGCGGAAGCGGAGGCGGACCUAGAAGAGGGGAUGGAAGAAAAUGAUUAG